UCGGACUGCGGGGUGCUCCCCCCGGCCCACGGCAGCUAUGGGGUACCGCGGUGGGGGUACCCCCAGAACGGGCACCCACAUCCCCUUCCUGGCCCUCCGGCCCUGCCGGGCUGGACUUUGCAGGAGCAGAUGAGGCACGGGGCCGGUGAUGAGUGCCUUCACCCCGGCACUCCUCCAGGGCAGGAACGGGACCGAGCAGGCAGGGACGGGUGCCCGGGGACACCGGGAAGUACCGCGGCUGCGAUCGGCAUUCCCAGGCUUGCUCGCACCUCUCUUCCCGUUCCCGGGCAGGCAGAGGGGGUGGCAGCACCCCGAAAGCCCUGGGGUCCCGGGGGCUGUUCCGAGCAGGUCCUUGGGUGCAGAGGGAGGACACGCGACACAGUUGCCUUUUGUUGGUGCCGGCCCGGGAGCAGGGAGCGGGGCUUUGCAUCCCCUCCCUCCACCCCCGCCGGCGGGACUGGCGCCCAGCACCGGGGAUUUGGGGUUUAAAGAGCCGGCGGCAGCCAGAGCCCCAGCUCACCCGCCGGCCGAGGAGGCAGGCGAGCUCCGGCAGAGCCCACGCACUACAGCAGCCGCGGCGCCACCAGCCAGACCCCGGCCAUGAGCCGCACGCUGCUCCCGCUCCUGCUCCUGCUGCGCGGGCUGGCCGCUGGCCGCCCCCCGAGCGCUGCCACCCCCCGCCUCAAGCUGGCCUUCCCCGAGCUGCGGGCUCGCCACGGGCUGCGCCUCUUCUCGCUGGAGCACUCCUGCUGCUACGAGGCCCUGCUGCUGGACGAGGAGCGCGGCCGUCUCUUCGUGGGCGCCCAGAACCACCUCCUGUCCUUGGCCCUGGAUGACAUCAGCCAGCGGGACAGGAAGAUCUACUGGCCAGCUCCCGUGGAGUGGAGGGAAGAAUGCAACUGGGCCGGCAAGGACAUCACCGCCGAGUGCAUGAACUUUGUGAAGAUCCUGCACCCCUACAACCGGACCCACCUGUAUGCCUGUGGGACUGGUGCCUUCCACCCAGUCUGUGCCUUCAUCGAGGCUGGCCAGCACGCAGAAGAGCCUGUUUUCAAGCUGGACCCCCACCACACUGAGGAUGGCAAGGGGAAGAGCCCAUAUGACCCCCGGCAUACAGCCGCCUCUGUCCUUGUGGGCGAGGAGCUCUACUCUGGGGUGGCCACCGAUCUGAUGGGCCGUGACUUUACCAUCUUCCGCAGCCUGGGCCGGCGUCCCUCCAUCCGCACGGAGCAGCACGACUCUCGCUGGCUCAACGAGCCCAAGUUCGUGGCCGUUUUUUGGGUGCCAGAGAGCGAGGACCCCGACGACGACAAGAUCUACUUCUUCUUCCGUGAGACGGCGGUGGAACGGCAGCAGGGGCUGGGCAAGACCAGCUUCGCCCGCAUCGGCCAAAUCUGCCGGAACGACAUGGGUGGGCAGCGCAGCCUGGUGAACAAGUGGACCACGUUCCUGAAGGCUCGGCUGGUGUGCGCCGUGCCAGGACCUGACGGGGCAGACACCCACUUUGAUGAGCUCCGGGAUGUUUUCCUGUUGCAGACAAGAGACAAGCGCAACCCUCUGAUCUACGCCAUCUUCUCCACCUCCAGCUCUGUUUUCCAAGGCUCAGCUGUCUGUGUCUACACCAUGGCUGACAUCCGCCGGGCUUUCCUGGGCCCCUUUGCACACAAGGAAGGUCCCAACUACCAGUGGGUGUCAUACCAGGGCCGUGUGCCAUACCCCCGCCCAGGCAUGUGCCCCAGCAAAACCUUCGGCACCUUCGGCUCCACCAAGGACUUCCCAGACGAGGUGAUCCAGUUUGCCCGUCACCACCCACUGAUGUAUAACCCUGUCUUGCCCCAUGGCCAGCGCCCCCUCUUCCUGCAAGCCGCCGUGCCCUACACUUUCACCCGCAUAGCUGUGGACCGUGUCACCGCUGCUGAUGGCCACUACGACGUCCUCUUCAUUGGCACAGAUGUGGGCACAGUGCUUAAGGUGGUCUCAGUGCCCAAGGAGAGCUGGCACCGCAUGGAGCCGCUGCUGCUGGAGGAGCUGCAGGUCUUCCAGGAUGCCUCCCCCAUCAUCAGCCUGCAGCUCUCCUCCAAGCGGCAUCAGCUCUACGCUGGCUCAACCACAGCGCUGGCCCAGCUGCCCCUGCACCGCUGCAGCGCCUACGGCAAAGCCUGUGCCGAGUGCUGCCUGGCCCGGGACCCGUACUGCGCCUGGGAUGGCAACACCUGCACCCGCUACGUGCCCAACACCAAGCGGCGCUUCCGCCGGCAGGAUGUCCGCAACGGCGACCCCAACGUGCUGUGCUCUGAAGACCCCAGGCGGGACAGCGUGCCCCAGAAGCAGCUCUAUGGGGUGGAGGGAAGCACCGUCUUUCUGGAGUGCAUCCCCAAAUCCCUGCAAGCGCGCAUCCUCUGGACAUACCAGCGCACCCUGAAUGAUCCCCAGCGAGAGGUGCAGAUGGACGAGCGGGUGGUGCGGACGGAGCGGGGUGUCCUGCUGCGCAGCGUGCAGCGCUCCGACGCCGGCCUCUACCUCUGCCACGCCACGGAGCACGGCUUCACGCAGCCCCUGCUGCGGCUCUCCCUGGAGGUGAUCGGCGCCUGGCAGGCCACGGGCGUGGCAUCCGCCGGAGACCCCCAGCUCUCCGCCGGCAUCCCCGGCCGCAAGCUCUGGUACCGGGACUUCCUCCAGCUGGUGGAGCGGCCGCCGCUGGGAGCCACGGACAAGGUGUGCCAGAGGCUGUGGAGCCGGGGCAGACCCCCGCCGCCGCCCCGCGCUCCCGCCGGGCCCCCCGGGCGCGGGCAGGGCGAGGAGCCGCGCAGAGCCCGCCGCCGGCGCACCCACGAGGGGCCGCGGGCCGAGCGCGGUCCCCGCAGCGCGUCCCCCUGGUGACCCGGGGGUCGGCCCCGGGCGCCGGGCUCUGCCUAGGAGCGGGGCCGCAGCGGGGGCACAGUGCCGGGGGCUGCGGCUCCGGGGCCGAGGAGGGCAGCCGGGCUGAGCAGCCCCCCGAGGGGCUGCCGACUGCCCUUGCCACCGGCUCCAGCACCGGUGGGGACCCAGCCGGCUGCCGGCGUCGCAGAGUCACCGAAAUAUUUAUUAACGACUGUUACUAUGAAUGUAAACCUGCGGGGCCAGGCGGUGCCCCCCCCAGCACGGCACUGCGGGAGGACGGCACAGCAGGGCCACGCUCGGGUCCCAAAAGGGCUACAGGCAGCAGUGGGAGCACGGUACAGCAGGGCGGGCACUGGUGGGACGCAGGAGGAGGGGGGCAUGAAGGGCAGAUGGUGGGGAGGCAUAAAGGUGGCACCCACCGCUCUGGGUGUGGAACAGUGGCACGGGGGACCUUGUACUAAUUGAGCACAAUAAAGCAGAUUCAGCCGCC